AUGUACACCUCACGAUUAGUUAAGUUUGUUCUUUUAUUAUUUAUCUUUCUUCUUUCGUUAAUUACAUACAAUCAGUACUCAAGAUAUUCAUUAACGUCGAUCCAACCAAUAUCCUCCUGUUCGUUUAAUGACAUCGCUGCUUGUCAAAUGAAUAGUAAUCGAAAUCGUACAUUUUUGUACAUUAGUUGGAAUCGAGCAGGGUUCUGCAGUGAAUUCAAUCAGCUUCUGUUAGCAUUCGCAUAUAGUAUCUUCACCAAACGAUAUUUUCUCAUUGACAGUCGUCUUUGGAAUUACGGUCGUCUAUCGGACUAUUUCGAUAUACCAUUCAACAACAAUUAUCCUUCUAUAAAUCGGACAUUCCUUUCGGAUAAUAGUCGUAUUAAUGAUCAAAUUGCUCAUUUAAAGACUACACGAAUUGGUACACAAGUGCGUAGAUUCUGGAUUGCAACACAACCGGUUCAUUCAAUAAUGUUGAAACGUCCAGCGGCACAUUAUCUGUGGAGAACAAUGUCCAAUGAAACGAGGAAAUUUAUUGAAAGAUAUCGCGUAGGAAAUAUUUCGAACUCCAUUGGAAUUCAUAUCCGAAAGGGAGACAAGAUAGGCAAAGAAGCUCGAGAAAUACCAUUGAAGAAGUAUAUCAAAUCAAUCGAGCGAUUAUUCAAAAAAGAUCGUCGACUUCAACAGAUCUUUGUUGCAUCUGACGAUCGUACAGUUAUCAAUAAAUUGCGUCGAUUAAAACCGAUCUGGCAUUUUGUUAGCAUUCAUGACAAUAACAACGACACAAGUAAUAGAACUGGUCAUUUUCAAUUCACUUUCAAUCUUUUGCCAAGAAAACAAAAACUAAUCGAAACACGUUUGUUAUUGACUGAAUUACAAAUGUUAAUUGAUUCGAAAUUUGUCGUUUGUGGAAUGUCAUCGAAUGUUUGUCGUCUGAUACAAACAUUACGAUAUCAGCAUCCAUCGACAGUUAUCUCAUUAGAUCACUCAUGGCGUGCCACAUAG